AAAAUCUAUUUUUAGCAAUUUCCCCUUCAUCUUCAACGUGAAAGGCAAAGGGGGAAGAAGAAGGGCAGCCGCAGAAGAUAGAGAUAGAGGAAAAAACAAAAAACCACUCAGCAACCAGAAGAGAAGAAAAUUGCAGCGGGUCACCGGGUUUAGAAGCUGAAUCGCGACUUUGUGGGACUCUGCGUAGAGGACCAUUGUGGGUAUCAAGUCACUGACGUUUCCCUUCAACUUUUUUUCUGCUUCACGCCUUCUUCCCCUCUCUUUCAGCAGCUCACUGUCGCUGCUGCAUCUCCCCUGUUCAGUGCUUCUGGCUUUGCCCCUUUUAUUGUUACUGAGUGAACUAUUUAGGUUGGAAUAAAAUGAAUGAGACAAUGAGACAAUUUCAACAGAGUUUAAUAGAGCUAGAAGCUGAAGCAGAGCAUCUCCUCCUAGCCCGCAACGAAUUGGUUGAAAAUGAUAGAGUGAGAAAUGGGAAUAGAGAAGCAUUGACUGCUUUGAGGAGGCAAGCGAGAACAACAAAGUCUAGUGUUCCAUCACCUUUUGAGUCAAUAAUGAAGGAGGUGGGGGGUUCUGAAUCGAGGCCACUGGUGAAGGAGAUUUGCACUACCUGUGGGAAUCAUGAUUCUAAUGAGCGCACUUGGAUGAUGUUCCCAGGAACUGAUUUGUUCGCCAGGGUACCAUUUCAUGCUUCUCAUACAAUCCUGGAGACAGAUCAGUCGAAACUCGAUUUUGAGGCAAAGAAAUUACAGAGUUACGUAAAAGAUCAGUCCCUUCUGAUUUCAGAAAAAGGUGCCCUAGCUGACAAGAUCAGUCCAGGGGUGCUCAAGUCAUUGGUGACAUUGACAGACAAACCAAAAUGAUUUUCCCAUUCCUACUCCAAUGUGAAUGAUGAGGAGGUGGGAAUUGUGUUCAUCCAGGAGCCUUGUUGCUGAUGGAGCACUGGUUCUCCUUCAAGUGUCAAAAUGAACCCAAGUACAUUCUUUUUCACUUGUUACUGUAUUCUAUUGACUAUUCAAGUUGUGCAUGCUGGGUAGCCUUAGAAUGGAUAAUAUCUCCAAGUCUUGUUUGUGUGACAGUUUUGAAUAUUACAUCCAGCUCUGCAUUGGUGCUAGCAGAACUAGACUAGUAGCAUGUAAGAAUUUAGUCUGAACUGAUGGGAUUCUGGACUUGUCUGAUUGUCUUAUAAUGAUACAUUUGCUCUCUAAAUUAUUCUGCCUA